CGUUGAAAAAGUCCGAGAAAUGCGACUGCAUUGUUUUGGAAGUAUGGCGGCUGAAUCCAAUUUCAAGAUUGUAAAGAAAAUUCGUUUGGAUGUGAGCGACGAUGACGCCGAAAAGACUUGCCCAUUAGCUGCACAGUUCGACAUACAUAUUUUUGAGGUUCCAUGCAGACUGUGUCACUGGAGGAAACAACAUAUUGAGUACCUGGGCAUCAAAACUUCGUUUCAGUUUGACAAAACACCAUUUGAUUUUAUAACAAGUCCCAUACCUUGCACUGGAGAAAUUGGUAUUCGUGUCCUUGCGUAUGAUGUUGAAAGAAUGAUAAGACGCGAAAAGGAGAACAAGGAAAAAGUUUCACUGAUCUUGGAGUUUGUGAAAAGGAGUGGAUUUUUGGACAUUAUUCAAAAUCUGUAUUACAAAUCAUUCGAAGAUUUGAACACUGAUUCUGUUAUGAAGUUACACUCGUAUAAAGAUCAUGGUUUUGUCCCAAAAGGUCUCCCUAGCAAUUUAGACGAAUGGUUUCGAAGGUUUGACACCUAUGGGAAAAGUUUUAUGUAUGUAUUGUCAAGAUUGGUGGAAAAUGUAACGCAAGGCAUCCCAAACAGAGAAGUCCAUUUUCAGCAUCUGUUCGAUACUUUAGUUAAGAUGUUUGGAAUGCAGAGUGGACUCAGUUUUGAGCCAUGUCCUUCUGUUCAGUCUUUAAAGAUAGGCAACAUAGAGGUCCAAGGUUCCCACGACAUCCUCUACACUCAUCACAGGAUCAACGAAAGUGAACGGAAAGUGGAGAAACCCCGCAUUAUCGCAGUUUGUAAGGUCAGCAGGCAUAAACCUAUGCCACCAUGCAGGAUUGAAAUUACAUCUAGUAGCAAAACCAGAGGAAAAUCAGCUGAAACAGAGCAAAUUCCAUCAUCAUCUACAGCAAGUGAAAAUGGACACUGUCCCAUCAUUGAACAGUUAUCUGAAGAGAUGAUUGGACAACAUUGUGGAGAGCUGUUGUUGAAGUACAGCCAGUCCAUUGGACAUGGUUCAAUAUUUGGCAUUGUUGUACAACAGACUCAAGUGACAUUAACUGAACUAAGAAUGACAGAAACACAAUAUCAAAAUAUAAAAGCCGGCAAUUUUACUCACUGUGAGUUAGACAAGCCAUCUUUUAUGUACACUAGACCAUACAACUUUAUGAAAAUGGAAGACUUGGAGAAGCUUGUGGAGCCAUUUAUCAUGUUUGGUCUUGAACCCUAAUGUAUAUUUAAGCCAAGGACUUGAGUCCCUUUUGAGGACAAGGCUUACAACUUAGCAUCUACAUGUACUACUAAUAUGUACUGUCUGGGCAAUUAUGUGACGCACAGCAAUGGUGGCAGGGGAUAUCUUGCAGUGACCAUGUCAGACGUUGAUAAACCAAGGACCAUACAGACUCAGACAAACUCCUCCAGCUAGUUGUUGUGUAAUGCUAUGUCGUUCUGUUUGAAAAUAAAUCCAUGUAGAAGUACAA